GACAAAAGGGUACUUUGGGAAAUUUUUUAGACAAAUGGUACCCAAAGAAAUGUUAUAAAUACCAUAGUCCUUAAGAUACUAGGAUAGUAGUAUUUCAUUGUAUGUCCAAAGUGCAAAAACAAACAAAAAAAAAAAAAAUCUUCCUUAAUAAGUGUAGUGUUGAUUCAAAUGGCCUCAAGGUACGAGGUUGAAGUAACAGUAUUAUCCGCUAAGGAUAUCAAGAAUGUCAAUUGGCGUUACGGCCCUACGAAGCCGUACGCCAUAAUGUGGUUCGAUUCGGAUCGUAAAGUCACGACCCGGACCGACGACGAGGGUGACACAAACCCUAGAUGGGACCAAACACUGAAGGUCCCUCUAAAUGGUCCUAUAGACGAUGCUACCUUAACCAUCGAGGUUGUCCACUUUGCAGAUGUCGAUGAGGACACCAAGCCUCACAUCGGCACUGCAAAGCUAGAUCUACGUGAUGUGUUGGACGAUGUAGGCAUUGGGAACAGUGUCAAGCGCAAGCUCAAGCUCAAGCGCUCCUCUGGUCGGCCUCAGGGAAAGCUUGAGCUUGAGAUCAUUGUGCGUGAGCGAUAUCAAAGUUAUAAUUCUUACCCCCCUCCUCACCACGGGGCGUCAAUGACAACGUCUAGGGACGUUGACUAUGGCGCCCCGCAGUAUAACGGGGAGUCCCCUGCUUAUGGACAGCCUGCAGCUGCAGGCUAUCCUUCUGCAGGGUAUGGGCAGCAAGGGUAUGGCGGGUACGAUCAAGGGCAGUACGGGCAGCAGCCAGUAGAGGAGAAGAAAAAGAGCAGUUUUGGAGGAAUGGGUACAGGAAUUGCUAUAGGAGCAGCUGCAGGAAUUUUGGGAGGACUUGCUUUAGCUGAAGGCUAUGAUCAGUUUACUGAUCAUCUCGCUGAGGAGGCAGCAGAGAAGGUGGAAGAAAAUCAGGACGACAACGACAACGACGAUGACAAUGAUGAUGAUGAGUAGUUUUUGCGAGAUUGUUUGAUUAAAAAUGUUGAUGUUUGGUGUGUUAGUUGUUACGUUUUCUGCUUUAAUCUGUUGAUCUUUUUAUUUUGCAUCUGAUUUGCAUUGCUUUCUCUUUCAUUUCUCAUUUUCGCGAUUUGUUUUAAUUUGUAUUGUUGGACGAUGUCAUUGUACUUUGUUUUAUGUUGCAUGCUGAUAUCAUGUUACUAAUCAAGUGAAAGCAAAAUCAAUUAAUGGCCUGGGCUUUUAUCUUACCAUGCAAGUUGGAGUA